AUGAGUGUUUUGUUUGCCAAUACGCGUGCUAGUCAUGGUUCCAGCUCUGGGAAUCUGUUGGAAUUCAAGGUAAUUAUGACAGUUUCCUUGAUUUUAAUUGUGUUUUUAGGCUGGAAGAACCAUUUUGGAAACAGGGUCUUCCCCAGAAAAAAGAAAAGUUGUGUCCGAUAAAACCAAGGGCCUUGUCUUCAUCAAGCAAACUCCCGACCAAUUGGUUCAUUUCUGCUGGAAGAAUCGGGAGAAGAAUACUACAGAUCUUGUAAGUGCCGUGACUUUUAUUCUGAUUUGUUUAGGACUUGAUUAUUUUUCCGGGUGACACCGAAUUCAUCAAGAUCAAGGAGUGCGCUGAUGGAAGAAUGUAUAUGCUGAAGUUCAAGAGCUGUGAAGACCAUAAACUGUUCUGGCUUCAAGACAGUAACACCGACAAGGACGAAAAGGUGUGCAAGAAGGUGGGUAUAUUAAUAACACUUUGUUAUGAUUUUGGGUACCUAUUUUACGAUAAUAUUUCAGGUAAACGAUCUUUUAAACAAUCCUCCUUCUAAUCGUGCUUCUGCUCGUGGAGGAAGUUCAGAGCGUAAUUCUCAUGCUCUUUCGGCUCUGACUUCAGCCAUGGGAGGCGAUGAAAUGGGGGCUUUGGGUAACAUGGAUCAGAAUCAGAUAAUGCAGCUAUUCUCUUUGAUGAAUGGAGGCAACCCUGAUAUGCUCCCUCAGCUUCCUCUAACCACUAGAGGGCCUUCUCCGGCAACUUCUUCGGCUCCUGCUCCACUUGAAACUCCAAAAAUUAGAAAGCAAGGAUCGGGAGAGAACGUGGAAAUAGAUGCCGCCACUCUAAAUGAUAUCUUCUCCAAUCUCCCCAGAAAGGACAAGCCGUAUGUUGAGUUGGCAAAGGUUCUGAACGGCCCCAACCUCAAGGACACCAUUGAUAAGAACUCGGCGGAUCUUCUUUCCCAUCUCCCGACAACUUCUGAGAAGCCGGAAAAAGAAUUAGAAAAGUCCCUGACCUCGCCUCAAUUCCAACAAACCGCUCAUUGGUUUGGAUCGGCCCUCCAUUCCGGCCAAUUGGGGGAAGUUAUGAGACAGUUUGACCUUCCAGAUAGUGCUGUCAAGGCUGCUCAUUCAGGAGGUAAGAUGGCAUACGGUAAUUUUAUUCUUCCAGACAUUGUUCAUUUUGGAAAGGAAUUGACUAUCGCUUUGAACAAAGAGGCGGAUAAAGCCAUCAACGAAGCUGCUGCCAAGGAAGAGAACACUGAAUCCAAGAAGGACGAUCCCUCGGAUGAACAAAUGGAUCUGGAUUAA